GGUCUAAAACCGGUUAAGUGUGCGCCUUCCUAUUCAACCGGAUUAGGAGGGACAAGAAUUUGGGAGGAUCUGUCAUCGAGCUAGCUGUCUUCAUCAUCAGAAAGAGUCUCUUCUUCAGAAUCCAAUCUUAUACAUUGAUUACGCUGUUGAGACCUGAAUUCUCUGAGGAGGAAGAAGAAGAAGAAAGAAUGAACGUAGAAGAAGAGAUUCAGAAACUGGAAGAAGAGAUCCAUCGUCUUGGUUCUCUCCAGACCGAUGGCUCUUACAAGGUGACGUUUGGAGUGUUGUUCAAUGACGAUCGAUGUGCCAACAUCUUUGAAGCAUUGGUUGGGACUCUGAGAGCCGCCAAGAAACGCAAAAUAGUCGCAUUCCAAGGUGAACUCUUGCUUCAAGGCGUUCACGACAAGGUUGAGAUCACUCUCCGACCACCCCCACCGCCACCGCAAGCUGCUGCUGUCGCCUCCUCCUAAGUUCCCAUUUCUGCUUUAAAAUCUUUAUACUAUUGAGUGUAAUGAAAUGAUAAACCUGAAAAUCAAUGAUUUCUUUGCUUCUCUAUUGGCAUGAUCACAUCGCUUAAGCUAUUUUUCUGUUAUUUGUUACAUGUAGUAACCAAGAGACAUUAACAAGAAGUAUUUCUUCUCUU